CGGUACUAGAAACCACAAAGGCGGUUUUAUUAAAACGCACAUUUGAUAUGAAUUUGCAUUUAUUUGGGGGGGAUGAACAGUGUGUGCACGACGGGCUUUAGCAGUGCAGCCGAUGUUUGAUUAUGCGUGGUGUUGGUUAGGGCAACAAUGACAAAGUCCAUCUGGUGGACCACUGGAUUUAGGCGAUCGACCAAAAAAUCUGGUUUGUAACACAAUCUUAGACUUAGACCGGUGAUCUGGUUUCCGUUCUACCUCAACCCAUAAGUCAUUGUUUGAGUGAAGCAGCAGCGUUGGAGCCGCUGCAGCCUGCCGUGCGCAUACAAAGCGUGCAUGCACCGAUCCUCUACCGAAGGCGGCGUCCUGGUUGCACGGUGACGUUUUAAGGCAGGUCUUGACCAAACCUACCAAUGAUACAAGUCGGUUCUAUUCUGCUGGGACUGAUCGCAAUGAACGGGUGUCGGAGCUCUACACGGCAAAGGAGCAAGCAAGACAGCAAGACGAGGCGAUCAAGGGGAUGCGGCAUCGAUACGCCGGAGCUGUCCCCCAGCACCACCAAACUCCCGACGACCAGCGAGAGAAGAGCAGCGUCGCGCCGAGCAGCCAAGACCCCGGAGCCGCCCCUGUGUUCAGCCUGCCGCCCCCGCCCUCGUCUCACCACCGAGACCGCACCUCGACCACCGCCGCGUACCGCCAGAGCCUCCAGGAGCUGCCGUGUCUCAGCCAGCCCUCCCGCAGACCCAGCCACAGCGGCGACCCGCUGCCUCUGGUGAGCUACGACAUCGCGUCCCCGCCACCCCCGCACCGGGGUAGUGACCCUGGCUCCGGGCGGCUCCAGGCACCGCUUCAGCAGCAGGAUCCCUGGGCCGCGGCGGGCUCACCGCAGCCGCCGCCGCCUCAGCCGCAGUCGGACAAGCAGCCGGUUUUUCCGAGCUGCCACUGCAGUUUUUCUGACCAGGAGGCGGGCUUCUCUCAGCACCACCACCGCCACCAGCAGCACCACCAUCCCCUCGACCCGUUCUCGCCGCAGCCCCCCUGCCCACCCGUGCUGCCCUCGCCGAUCCCCCCGCCACCGACGUCCUCACGCUCGUCCCAACGCUUUUCCCAGGAUUCCCGAAAGGAGGACCGAAGGAGUGCCAAACCCCACCGACAGGCGAGCACCGUGGACCGCUGCAGGGGAGGAGGAGGAGGAGGAGGAGGAGGAGGAGGAGGAGGAGGAGGAGGAGGAGGAGGAGGAGGAGGAGGAGGAGGAGGAGGGAACCGAGACCAGAGGCAGUUGUUGCAGCAACAGCAGCAACAGCAGAGUCAUUUAAGACCCCCACACAGGGACCCCUCCCCUGAAGGAAACCGUAGAAACUCACAGAAAGGGCGAUCCUUCAAUGUGUGUGAGUCAACGGACGCUGCCAACAGGAGACCAUUUGAGUCGUCGCAGACUCAGGACUUGCAGCAGCAGCAGCAGCAACAACAGCAGCAACAGCUCCCACAAUUACGAGCGCAGCAACAGCUACUGGUGGGCAGCAGCUUGCCACUCAACUACUGCGCCAGCGGCUCAGAAGAGCUAUGUAGGACUCAGCAAGCACCACUGCUGCAACAGCAACAGCAACAGCAACAGCAACAGCAACAGCAACAGCAGCAGCAGCAGCAACAGCAACAGCAACAGCAACAGCAGCAGCAGCAGCAACAGCAACAGCAAGACGCACUGGGGUUAUGUCCCCAGCGUCCACAGCAGCAGCACUGUGAACAGGAGCGAAAUAAGUCUGGAGGGAGGACCGCCGAGCAGACACCACCGCCACACUGCCGCGACCACAGCGGCGUGAAGCAUUCUACCACCGAGCGGCAGCAGCAGCAGCACGCGGGGAACCGGACUGCGCCUGCAGGGAGCAGCAGCAGCAGGAGCAGCAGCGGCAGCGGCAGCGGCAGCAGCCCUAACUACGGCUCCAGCUAUCACCUGUGGCCAGAGAGCCCGCAUAAAGGAGAGGAGAGGAUCCGCAUCGAUCAACAUAAGGCCACUACUGAGCAGAAGAAGCUGAGCCAUGCUGGAUCCAAGCCCUCCCUCUCCGAGAGCAGUGGCCGCCUCCCUCAGAUAGCCAUGAACACCUGUAAGUACAAUGGCGGCGUGGUGAGACCACUCGCGGGAAGCCUGGCGUCCUCGUCGCGCCGCAACCUCGCCGAGCUCGACUCGGAGACGCAGCCCCUGCAGACCCUGCACAGCUCCGGGCUGGAGGUGGUGGUCUCCAAGGGCAACAGUGGCGAGGACCGCAGCAAGACCUCCAACGAGAGCCUGGUGCGGGAGGGGGGCGCGGCGGGCGUCGCGGGCGGCGGGACGCAGAAGAAGAACAAGGACAUCGGCUACAAGCUCGGCCACCGGAGGGCGCUGUUUGAGAAGCGGAAGAGACUCAGCGACUACGCGCUCAUCUUUGGGAUGUUUGGGAUUGUUGUCAUGGUGACGGAGACGGAGUUGUCGUGGGGGAUUUAUACUAAGGAAUCUUCGUACUCAUUUGCACUGAAAUGCCUUAUCAGCCUUUCCACUGUUAUAUUGCUUGGUCUUAUAAUCAUGUACCAUGCCCGCGAAAUCCAGCUCUUCAUGGUGGACAACGGCGCCGACGACUGGCGGAUCGCCAUGACGUACGAGCGCAUCUUCUUCAUCGUGCUGGAGCUGCUGGUGUGCGCCAUCCACCCCAUCCCGGGCCAGUACGUGUUCACCUGGACGGCGCGGCUGGCCUUCAGCUACACGCCGUCGGUGGCCGACGCCGACGUGGACAUCAUCCUCUCCAUCCCCAUGUUCCUGCGGCUCUACCUGAUCGGCCGCGUCAUGCUGCUGCACAGCAAGCUGUUCACGGACGCCUCGUCGCGCAGCAUCGGCGCGCUCAACAAGAUCAACUUCAACACGCGCUUCGUCAUGAAGACGCUCAUGACCAUCUGCCCGGGCACCGUGCUGCUCGUCUUCAGCAUCUCCUCCUGGAUCAUCGCCGCGUGGACCGUGCGUGUCUGUGAGAGGGAUACCAUGUAUCAUGACAAACAGGACGUGACCAGUAACUUCCUGGGAGCCAUGUGGCUGAUCUCCAUUACCUUCCUGUCUAUUGGCUACGGAGACAUGGUACCUCACACGUACUGUGGGAAGGGAGUGUGUCUUCUUACAGGGAUCAUGGGUGCAGGGUGCACUGCACUUGUGGUCGCCGUGGUAGCUAGAAAGCUAGAGCUGACCAAGGCUGAGAAGCAUGUCCACAACUUCAUGAUGGACACACAACUUUGCAAACGAGUAAAGAACACAGCUGCCAAUGUACUCAGGGAAACAUGGCUCAUUUACAAACACACAAAGUUGGUUAAGAAAAUAGAUCACGCCAAGGUGCGGAAACACCAGCGCAAGUUUCUACAAGCCAUUCACCAAGCUCAGAAACUGCGCAGUGUGAAGAUGGAGCAGAGGAAACUGAAUGACCAGGCCAACACCUUGGUGGACCUGGCCAAGACCCAGAACGUGAUGUACGACCUGGUGUCGGAGCUGCAGGAGCGCAGCGAGGAGCUGGACAAGCGCAUCGGCACGCUGGAGGACAAGCUGGACACGGUGACGGGCAGCCUGCAGGCCCUGCCCUGCCUCAUCUCCCAAGCCAUAACCCAGCAGCAGCAGGACUUCCUGGACGGCUUCGUGCACCGCUUCCGGCCCGCCUCGCUAGGCUCCGAGCGCUCCGAGCGGUCCGAGCGCUCCGAGCGGUCGUGGACGUCGACGGCGCGGCGGCGGCGCUCGCCCUCCACCGCCCCGCACACCUCCUCCGACAGCGGGUAACACCGGCCACGCCUCGGCCAGCACCACCGCCUCCGCCACAGCACCGCCC